ACACCCGAAUUUGCAGCUUCUGCUUUAGCAGCACUCAUUGAAACUGAUCACGAAAUCGUCGCUGUGUAUACUCAACCCGACCGUAAAUCAGGUCGUGGACAAAAAAUGACAGCUUCAGCCGUGAAACAACUUGCGCUCGCAAACAACUUACCCGUCUAUCAACCACUUCAUUUCAAAGCAUCGACAGACGAAGGCUUAGCGGCUCAACAAGAAUUAGCAGCUUUGGGCGCAGAUGUAAUGGUGGUUGCGGCUUAUGGCUUAAUUUUGCCUCAGGCCGUAUUAGAUACACCGCGCUAUGGUUGUUUAAAUAUUCAUGGUUCUUUGCUACCACGUUGGCGUGGUGCUGCUCCGAUUCAGCGUGCCAUUGCAACGGGUGACACUGAAACCGGAGUAACGAUCAUGAAAAUGGCGGCUGGACUAGAUACAGGCGAUAUGAUCUUUAAAACAGUGUGCCCAAUCACAGUAGAAGAAACCUCAGCGACUUUAUAUGACAAACUUGCGAUUCAAGGCGCUGAAGCAAUUUGCGUGGUAUUAGAAUCAGAACAAAAAUUACAACAAUAUUUAGAUGCACGUGAAGUGCAAGAUGAACAAUUUACGGUAUAUGCACAUAAACUCACAAAAGCUGAAGCGCAAAUUGAUUGGACUAAAUCAGCAGUUGAACUUGAUCGCAAUAUUCGGGCAUUCAAUCCUUGGCCAGUCGCAUUUACACCAAUAGAUGAAACCAAUAAUUUACGUGUAUGGAAUUCUCAAAUUUCAGACCUUACAGCCAAUGGUAAAGUACCUGGAACCAUUAUCGAAAUGAACAAACAAGGUGUACAUGUGCUGUGUGGAGAUGCCUACAAUGGCCAGGUGGCAAAGCCAUUAACCCUUAGGAAAUAUAUUCGCAUGAGCCAAAUUCAAUCAUCUGCAAAAAAUUUGAAUUUGCGCGCACAAGUGGUUAAAACACUUUUAGCUGUUCAAAAUGGACAGUCUUUGGCUUCCGUUUUAAACCAACAUAUCAAUAUUGUUUCUGAACGUGAUCGUGGUUUAUACCAUGAGCUUACUUUGGGCUGUUUACGUCAGUGGUAUUCUUUAAAAGCAAUUACCUUACCCUUGCUCACAAAACCGUUAGACAAUGAGGCACUAGAAAGUUGCUUAUAUUUGGGUUUAUACCAGAUUUUAUGCACCCGUAUUCCUGCACAUGCGGCGAUUUCAGAAACUGUCAAUGCAGCGAAGCAAUUAGGUUUUGAACCGAUGAGUGGUUUGGUCAAUGCCAUCCUUCGUCGUGUUUCACGUGAAACAACUGAGUUUCAAACGGCUUUGAAUAAUACCCAUGGUUUACCAAGCUGGCUGUUCAAACGACUUAAAAAAGAUUGGGCUGAUCUACUCCCUGAAAUCUGUCAAAAUUUAAAACAAGUUGCCCCACUAACGCUGCGUGUCAAUGAACGUCAAAUUAGUCGUGAUGAAUAUCUUGAUAUUUUAGAUGAAGAACAGAUUGAUGCUCGUCCUUGUACACUUUCAGAUGUUGGUAUAGUUCUGGAACAAACGGGCAAUAUUACUCAUUUACCUGGCUUUGAAGAAGGCGGGUUUUCUGUUCAAGAUGAACAUGCUCAAUUGUGUGCAACACUGUUACCCAACUUAGAUGACAAAGUCAUUAUCGAUGCUUGUGCAGCACCGGGUGGUAAAGCAGCUCAUAUCUUAGAACGUUUCAAUCCUAAAAAAUUAAUCGCACUUGAUCAUGAUGCUAAACGUUUAUUGCGUGUUUCAGAAAACUUGGAGCGCCUUGAAUUAAAUGUUGAUGCAACAGUUGAAAUCAUCACAGCAGAUGCUACAACAUGGGUGCCUAAAGAAUUGGUCGAUUGCAUCGUAUUAGAUGCACCAUGUUCUGCUAUUGGUGUUCUACGUCGUCAUCCUGAUAUUCGCUUAUUGCGCCAAUCUACAGAUAUUCAGCAAGUGGUCGAUCUGCAAAAGCAAAUUUUAAAACAUAUGUGGCAGCAGCUUAAAGUUGGUGGAACACUACUUUAUAUUACCUGCUCAAUUCUGAAAGUUGAAAAUGAACAGCAGAUGGUCGAGUUUUUUGCUGAACAUGCAGAUGCUGAAGAAAUCAAGAUUGAUGCAAACUGGGGAAUAGAACAAAUUCAUGGUCGUCAAUUGUUGCCUGAAGCGCAUCAUGGUGAUGGUUUCUAUUAUUGCCGAAUUCAAAAAACAGCU